GCAAUCUACUUUCUGCUAUAAAAGUUUGAGCCAGUCUUGUUGUUAUCAUUAGUAAGGUUCUUAGUUUCAAACCGUUAAGAAAGUAAACAAAUUCUAUCAAUCAAAAUGAAGUGCGUCUUUGCCGUUGUCCUUCUUGCCUUGGCCCUUGGUGUGCAAUCAUCAGUUUUGCCACUCGGUCUUGGUUUAGCACAUGGUCCUUUAGUGCUCUCUGGUACACCACCAGCCACAGUUGCCGUGCAAGCUUCGGUCGCUUCAGUACCCGUUGUUUCAACUGCUAUACAAGCUUCCGUCGCAUCCGUACCUGUAGUAUCAGCUGCCGUUCAUGCUGCCCCAGCUGUUGUUGCCGCCGCUCCAGCAAUUGUUGCCGCAGCACCAGCCAUUUCAGUUGCUGCUGCUCCAGCAGUCAUUGCCGCAGCUCCAGCCAUUUCAGUUGCUGCUGCUCCAGCAGUCGUUGCCGCUGCUCCAGCCAUUUCAGUUGCUGCUGCUCCAGCUGUUGUCGCAGCUGCUCCAGCUGUUGUCGCACCUGCUGCCGUUGCUGUGGUACCCGCUGCUGGCACAUAUGUCGCUAAGACUCGUGGCGCUGUCCAUGUCGCACCAUUGGCUGGACAUCUCAGCUCUGCUGCUUCCGUUAAUCUACAACCCGCGCCUGGCACACACUAAGUUGAAUGCGAAAUUUUUAAUUUAUUUGUGUGCAAUGUAGACGAAUGAUGAUGGCCUGACCGCAUUUUCAAUUGACUCCAGCUGCAUGUGAAAUUUAGUUAUAACUUAAAACUUAAAGUUGCAACACAAAAACAAAAUUACAUAUAAGAUUUAAUUUUAAACUUAUUUUCUUUUCUUUAAAUUUUUCUUUUUCGUUUCCUUUUUGAGUUUAUUUCUAUCAUUCUUUGUGAUAUUGGUUCGCCACAUUUAUGCUCAUUACAUUCAUAUCUGCAUUUAUGUGAUUUAUCCUUACGCUCUUCUAAGUCACGAAUUCUAUCUAUUUAUCUGUCCUUUCAUUAUAAUAGUUUCCGAUCUUUAAGACAAGCAUUUGAAAACAUUCUUAAAGACGAAGAGACUCCCUAUCCUCAUGUUGUCAACUAAGAUACUUUGAAUAAAAAUAAAAUAAAUAUAUUUUUGU